GCUCCAGACAGUCUAAUCCUCGGGCCUUUUUGUGAUGGAGCUGAAGGUCUGGGUGGAUGGAAUUCAGCGGGUCGUCUGUGGUGUCUCAGGUGAGACCACGUGCCAGGAGAUUGUCAUCGCGUUGGCGCGCGCCAUCGGUCAAACAGGUCGGUACGUUCUCAUCCAAAGACUACGUGACAAGGAAAGGCAGCUUCUCCCUCAUGAAUGCCCCGUGGAGUCCCUGGCCAAGUGUGGGCAGUACGCCAACGACGUGCAGUUCAUGCUGCAGCGCACCGGCCCCAGCCUCACAGAGAGGCCUUCUUCGGACAGCGCCCCCCAGAUGCCUGAGAGGACGUUUGUCAGGGCGAGCCUGCCGAUCAAACCUCGGCCGGCCAGCACAGAAGCGCCCAGGCCUAGGCCGCCCAAAAAAUCCUUAACGUUCAACCUGGGCCCCAUGAGCUCGAGUGACUUGCUUGCAAAGAACAAACUAAGGCCGUACAAAAAGGACCCCGUGAACUCGAGGGAUGGUGCCAACCGGGCCUUUCUGUCCAAAGAGGAGCUGUUCAAAACCGUGUUGCACCAACAAGAGCAUCUCUACACCUUAGAGAUGAAGGGGGACGGCUUGGAAACGGAUCUCAGGCACUGGGAAUGUAGCCGGAACCCCAGCCCGGAGGGGGAGAUCCUGCGUUUGGAGCAGCUCAUCCAGCAGAACGAGAGCGAGUUGAGCGAGGAGGAGUAUUGGCAGAGUGAACUGCGGUCGGAAAAGGAGUGUGAAAGGAAGCGGCAGGAGAAAGUGCGCGGCCUGCGGGCCACCAUGGAGGAGUACACACACAAGAUCCACGAGCUCACGCUCAAAACGGAGGCCUUGGAGAAAGAGAUCCAGUGGGAAAUUGCCAAGCGGGCCAAGGAGGGGCCUGUCCAGAGCCCUGCUGGACUAGAGGAGAUGGCGGCCGUAAUGAAAAGGGACCUGGAUGCCAAAGUCAAGCAGAGUGUCCAUCUGGAGAACAGCCUGGAAGCCGUGGGGACGGCUCUGGAGGAAGCAGAGCAAAGCCUCCAGACCCAGAACCAAGAACUGGAGGAGCUAAAUAAGGAGCUGAGGCAGUGUAACUUGCAGCAGUUCAUCCAGCAGACGGGAGCCAUGGUGACUGUCUCGCAGCCCAGAUCAGAGGCGGAGCCCCAGCUGGAUCAGGCGAGCCAUGAGCUGCCAGCUCACCAGGGAGACGGAGACCUAUCCGAUCCCAGCACAGAUUCACCUCCCAGAGCUACAGCCAAGCAAUUCCUCGGCAAUCCACGGAACCUUCGGAACCCCCUGGUGUCCAGCUUGAACCCCGAGGUCAUAUCAACAAGGCAGAGCAUCUGGAGGUAGAAAGGCCAGCC